AUGUACCCAAAACUCUUAGAAGCAAUUUGUAAAAGUUGUUUAUUACCAAGAACCGGUAAAGAAAUAAUCGAUAGAAUGUGUAAGGAUUGUGGUUACUGCUAUAACUGUAAGGAUUUAAACCCUAAAGAAGACUUAACACAUGGUGAUACAGAAGAAUUUAAUAGAUUUAGUGGAUCUGAAGCAGAAGAAGAACAUAAAGAAAUUUGGAAAACGAUAAACCACAUGUACGGCCAAAUAAGCAGACAAAAGAAACAAAUGAAAGUAGUAAGUGAAGUACUUGUAGAUCAUAAGUACCAUAUUGAAGCAUUACAAAGAAAAUCUGAAAUACCUCAAAAAAAUAAUGCUAUACAAACCAAAGAUCAAUAG